CGGGAACUACGAGCCCCGGCGUGCCCCGCCACCGGCCCUGGGGCCGGGUGGAGCGGCGCAGCAUGGCGCUGCGGGGCUGCCUGCGGGCCGGGCUGGGGCUACUGCGCGCUGCGGGGCCUCGGGGGCCGCCCGCCCGCGGGCGCUGCGCCGGGGACCGGCCGCCGGCCUUUGGGUUCCUGUUCGACGUGGAUGGGGUGCUGGUGCGGGGCAGCCAGGUGGUGCCCGCCGCCCGCCGGGCCUUCCAGAGGCUGGCAGACAGCAGCGGGCGGCUCCGGGUACCCGUCGUCUUCCUGACCAACGCCGGCAACUGCCUGAGAUCGGCCAGGGCCCAAGAGCUGUCCCAUGCGCUGGGGCUGCAGGUGUCUCCGGAGCAGGUGAUCCUGUCCCAUAGCCCUCUGCGCCUCUUCAGCCAGUUCCACCACAAGUGCAUGCUGGUGGCUGGACAGGGGCCCGUGGAGGAGAACGCUCAGGAGCUGGGGUUCAAGCAUGUGGUCACCAUAGAGGCACUCAGAAAGGCAUAUCCCCUGCUAGACAUGGUGGAUCAGAGCCGGAGGCCAAAAGAGCUGCCUCCUCCAACCACUGGCUUCCCCACUAUAGAAGGGGUGAUUCUCUUUGGUGAGCCAGUGAGGUGGGAGACAAGCCUGCAACUUAUUACUGAUGUACUCCUGAGCAACGGCAACCCUGAUUCAGAGCUUCAGGAUAUACCAUAUCCUCAUCUGCCUGUCCUUGCCUGCAACAUGGAUCUCCUGUGGAUGGCUGAAGCCAAGAUGCCCAGGAUUGGACAUGGCACUUUCCUUCUCUGCUUAGAGAACAUCUACAAGAAAGUGACAGGCCGGGAAUUGAAGUAUGAGGCCUUGAUUGGCAAACCCAGCACAGUCACCUACCGCUAUGCUGCAUACUUGAUACAAGAGCAGGCAGAGAAACAGGGCUGGAAGGCUCCCAUCCGACGCCUCUAUGCAGUUGGAGAUAACCCUAUGUCUGAUGUCUAUGGGGCAAACCUCUACAACAACUACCUCAAGUCAGCUCACCAGAACCAGGUCCAAGCUGGAGUGAAGAGGAGCCUGCAGACAGCCAGUCCCCAAACUGAGGAUCACCUCAAGCUGAGGAAGGACUGCAACAAUUCAGUGGAGAGUUGUGAGUCGAUUCUGGUCUGCACUGGGGUCUACCGCCACAAUGUCGAUGUCCCUACUAAAACAAAAGAGUGCACGAUGGAGUCAGUGUUCCAUGGCCAUCGGGACUUCUGCUUUGACCCCAGCCUGGUAGAGGCAUCUCACAUAGUGCAGGAUGUGAAUGAUGCUGUGCAGCUUGCUUUCAAGAAAGAGAACUGGAGCUAGGGUUAAGACAGGUGUGACUGAAGAUCUGCUGUCAGGGAUUUUAUGUACUGAAAAGAGAAGAAGGGAGGAAUGAGGAGAGACUUGGGGUGAUCUUCUAAUCUAGGCAAUAUGAAAGAAAACUCCCUGCCUCAGCACUAAAAGCCCCAUGCUUUUAUUGAUAAUUUAUCUGCAAUCCUGCCAGGUGCCAGCAGGCUUUCAACUGUGAACAUACAUUGCUGCCAUCAGUAAUUGAGCCAUAAUGGAAACAGGGUAUAAGAAGGUGGCUUGUCCCAGUAAUCCCAGUUUUGUUCAGCCAUCAGAGUUCUUUCUUUACCACCCUUUGUGCAUGAAGAUCAGGCAAGCCCACCCUCCUCACAGUGUGUUCGAGGCUGAAGCUUUUCCCUGUGUGAGGAGCCACCAUCAGCCAAUGUACCAUUCGUACAAUGUACUAUUCGUCCAGUCUGUGACGUGAGCACACCAGAAGCUGUGUUGUGGCUCUGUGCCAAGAGAAGGCUUUAAGUCUUACUAUUCUCCUUGUGAAGAAUAAGUGCCUGUGGACUUUUAACAAAUUCUGUUUGCUUGGGGAUUUGCCACUGCAUCACUGUCGGUCUGAAACAAAGUCCCAUUUUGCAGUCCACUGGCAGCUAUGGAGAGGCACAGCCCCUCAAAGGAAGCUGCAGUAGCCAGAGCAACUUUGCUGCAGUGCUGAGGGAAAAGUUAUAUUGUUCCUUCCCCCCUAUUUAGUAUUCUGUGAACACUUCUGCCUUUUCACAUCCCACUAGGGAGCCAGCAGCCUGCUCUCAAUAGAAGAGGAAACCACCAGAGUCUGAAUUUCCAGAAGUGUCUUUGCCCAGAACUCAGUGCUGCAGCAAGAGGCUGUUUGGGCACCCAUCCUGACCCAAACUUUGCAAGGAACAUCCCCUUUCUCCAGCUGGCACAGCACCCAAAGAGGGGCUCUUACUUGGAACAAGGGCCAACCGUGAAGAGUCACAGCCCACCUUUGCUCCUUCCUUACACGCAAGGAUUGAGGAAGAGAUCAUCAUACCAGGAUGGUACCUAAGCCCUGAAUUCCCAGUCUUCAUCUUUAAGAAUAAAUAUGUCUCCGUCCUUCA